AGCAGGAGAACAAUCAUCAAAACGAUUUGACUACUCUCCACGAACAAAACGAACAACUCCAAGCCAAAGCCCAACAAUCAAUCCAAUCUCUCCAAGCCCAAAUCCGGGAUUUAGAAAAGCUCCUGGAAAUCUACCAAACAGAUUUAGAAGCCAAAAACCAAAAAUUAGCCGAAAAGGAGGCCAGCAACUUUUUCCCCAUGCCGGAGCAAUCCUUUUUAAGUGACGAAAUACAAAAAGAACUUGACCAAAAGAAAAUUGCGGAAUUAGCCAAAGCCAAACAAAUAGUUAUAAAUCUCAACCAUGAUUCUUUUCAUCCUUCUAAUCGUCCUCCCCAUCGCCGGAGUAAUACUAUUGCUGCUUUUAAUUCCGAAUCUAAUUUUGCACGGAAACAAACCCAAGGUUUAUAUUCUACUCAGCCAACUCCGCAAAUGAAAGAAAGUGGGGGAGAAGAGAGCGACUACUUCAAUUUCUCCGAAACUACUAUCAAUGCCUUUGGCAAAUCCGAAGACGAACCCGGAGCACCUAUUUCUCAGAUUACUACUGCCUCAACCAUUGUUGAGCCCGCAAACCACGAGAACGAAGAAGAAGAUAUUAAACACCUCGAAGAAAUGUUUGAAGAAGGAAAAGCCUGA